CCGAUUCUCGCCAUCGCCAAAAUCGAUCUGGCGCAUUGCUGGCUUGGUCAUCAUGACGCGCUGCUUGUGGAUGCUGUCCUCUAUCCUGGCCCUGCUGCCGCUCGUCCCGGGCAUCGCGGACACCAUCAAGCAAGUCAGCGAGUGACUCGUUAUCUAUCCACCAAGCAUGAGUGUCACGUGUCUGUCUGUCUGUCUGUCUGUCUGUGAAUGUUUGGUGUUGCUUGCAGCCCACUGGCAGCUCCGCCUUUGUCAGCCUUCUGCUGGGUCGCAACCAUAGCCGACGCUCUCACCUGCGCCCUGCCCUCGCCCGAAGCACCGUCCGGCAGCCUCUCCUCGCAGCAAAUGGCCAGUGGCAGCCUGCUUCCCGCCCUGGCUUCCGCUCUGGAUUGCCGUCGUCCCUCUGGGCACAGGCGUACGAGCCGGGCGGCAAGAUAUUUGCUGGUCUCUUCAAGUCAAGGUGA